UGACGUCAGCACCCCCGGCACCGGUCUGCUGUGAGCGGCCAGUCGUCUGCCCGACUCGGCAGCCCGACAGCUGCAGAUACCCUGCCGGGUUGGACUCCUCCAGCCCUGAGCCGAGCGGCCUUUUGUGAAAAACUCAAAGGGCGACACGGGACCCGUUAAAAAUGGCGAAAACGUACGACUACCUCUUCAAACUGUUGCUCAUAGGAGACAGCGGCGUCGGGAAGACAUGUCUGCUGUUCAGAUUCAGCGAGGACUCCUUCAACACCACCUUCAUAUCCACAAUAGGGAUUGACUUCAAGAUCAGAACCAUAGAGCUGGACGGAAAAAGAGUCAAACUGCAGAUUUGGGACACCGCAGGACAGGAGAGGUUUCGCACCAUCACCACAGCUUACUACAGAGGAGCUAUGGGAAUUAUGUUGGUCUAUGACAUCAGUAACGAGAAGUCCUUUGAUAACAUCAAAAACUGGAUUAGAAACAUUGAAGAGCAUGCCUCAUCUGACGUGGAGAAAAUGAUCCUGGGUAACAAAUGCGACAUGACUGACAGGAGACAGGUGUCGAAAGACAGGGGUGAAAAACUGGCUAUCGACUAUGGUGUGAAGUUUUUGGAAACUAGCGCAAAGUCUGGCUUAAACGUAGAGGAGGCCUUUUAUACUAUCGCAAGGGACAUAUUAAACAAUCUGUGCUCGAAGACGACUGAGAACAGCGGUGGAGGAACAGGGAAACCUGUGAAGAUCACAGAUAAGAAGUCGAAGAGGAUUAAAUUCUUCAAGUGUUCGCUCCUCUAAGCAGCGGGCGUCCGGCGGUCACAUCUCUAUCGUGACCUCGCUUGUUUUGGAGGACUCCUUCCUCUCGGGGCUUCCUCGCUGCAGCUGCACCAGCACCAGCACUGCUCCUGCACACACACACAGGGUCUCACUGCCACCAGAGGUCGCCGGUUCUUGGGCGGCCCGAGACGCUGCCCUGGUUUGCUGAUCAGAACUGUGUCGAUGGUAGACUCCGGCCCUGAUACUUUGCGUCCGCUCAUGCAAAAAGACUCGUGCAGGGGAUCGUAGCUUGCACCGCAGAGCCCGCUUUCAGUCGGCAAUAGUUCUGCUGGCGUUCAUAACAUGACAAUGUAUCGGUUGCACACUGUUGUCUUAUUAUUUUACAGACUGUAGCGCCAUUUUUAUAUUGCAUAUAUACAUACAUAUAUAUAUAUAAACUACCUAUUAGAAUUUCUAUGAAGAUGCUGUGAGGUUCAGGUUUCAGCAUUGACUGUUUGUGUGAAGUUCAUGUAUGUUAUUAAGCUUCUGGCCUUCUGUUGCACUGAAAUUAGUUCUGCUGCUAAGAGAAUUGUCAUAGAAUAGCUCAAAAUAAGCAAACAAAUGCAACCUGUGGUGUUCUAAUAUGUUUUAUUCAUUUUUUUUCUUAUGGAACCUACAUUUUGUACAGGUUUCGGUGUUAAAAUGAAACUGUGAAAGGAGUGUUUGUUUCUCGGAAGCGGGACUGAAUUCAUACUCUUAUACAAGUGUCUUUGUUUUUUGUUUUUUUUUGCAUGAAAGCAGUAGGGAGAUCCCUACGGGGGCUCAGUACUAAGCACAGAGUAUGUGGAAAAAAAGAAAAUGUUUACUGAUAGUGUUUGAAAAAUGUCAACCAUAUACAGAAUGUUGGUGUUUUUUUGUUCACACUGUGCAUGCACACAUUUUUUAUUUAUUUUUUACUGAAACAAGCCGUCUAGAAGGUUUCCCUUUUACAUGAAAACACAACAACUGGGGAAAAGAAACUGUAAUAUGACUGGUAGUCUUUGUAAGUUAUUGUAUGUUACAACCACUGAAAGCAGCAACAGUAAAGGAAAAAAAAAAA